UUGGUAUCUAUUCACAGUCGAAUUUCAGCCGCAGACAUGAGACAGUUGUUAGUUUUAUUGGUGCUAGUCGGUAUUGGCCAUUCCGCUGCCAAGUUAAAUCGCGUUCAGCUCCACUUGAACAAGAACUUCACCAAGACCCAUGGAGGUGUGAAGGCCGAGAAGACCGUGCUGGCGUCCAAGUACUCAUUCCUGGCGGAGACGUCCUUCAGUACCAGCUCCUCGAGUGCCACCGAAACGCUGCACAACUCCAUGAACAAUGAGUACUACGGAGUGAUUGCCAUCGGAACCCCUAAGCAGAGAUUCAACAUUCUGUUCGACACCGGAUCCGCCAAUCUGUGGGUUCCAAGCUCCAGCUGCCCGGCUUCAAAUAUCGCCUGCAAGAAGCACAACAAGUACAACUCGGCGGCAUCCAGCACCUAUGUGGCCAAUGGUGAGGAGUUCGCCAUCGAAUAUGGAACUGGCAGUCUGUCGGGAAUCCUCUCCACCGACACUGUGACCAUUGCGGGAAUCAGCAUCCAGGAUCAGACAUUCGGCGAGGCACUCAACGAGCCGGGCACCACCUUCGUGGAUGCCCCUUUCGCUGGAAUCCUCGGACUGGCCUUCAGUGCCAUCGCCGUUGAUGGAGUGACUCCGCCGUUCGACAAUAUGGUGUCCCAGGGACUGCUCGAUGAGCCUGUUAUCUCCUUCUACCUCAAGCGACAGGGAACCGCUGUUCGCGGUGGAGAACUGAUCCUGGGCGGCAUUGACUCGAGCCUCUAUAAGGGAAGCCUCACCUAUGUUCCCGUUUCGGUGCCCGCCUACUGGCAGUUCGCAGUGAACACCAUCAAGACCAAUGGCAUUGUGCUCUGCAACGGAUGCCAAGCCAUCGCCGAUACGGGCACCUCUCUGAUCGUGGCCCCCCUGGCCGCCUACAGAAAGAUCAAUCGCCAGCUGGGCGCCACCGACAAUGGCGAUGGAGAGGCGUUCGUGAGCUGCAGUCGAGUUUCCACCCUGCCCAAGGUCAACCUGAACAUCGGUGGUACCAUCUUCACCCUGGCGCCCAGGGAUUACAUUGUCAGGCUGACGCAGAAUGGCCGAACCUACUGCAUGUCCGCGUUCACCUACAUGGAGGGGCUUAGCUUCUGGAUUCUGGGUGAUGUCUUCAUUGGCAAGUUCUACACGGUGUUCGACAAGGGCAACGAAAGGAUUGGUUUCGCCAGGGUGGCGGACUACUAACUAGUUCUUCGCAAAAAAGAAAUAAUAUAAGAAAUUCGUGCAAUAAAUAAAAAUCUAUUUGAA